UAUACUAAUGCAAGGUCUUUAAGACACAACAGCGCAAAGAUGGGUUGUGUUCUUGAGUGAGGUGAGUAGUCCGGCUCUCUUCUUCCAUAGAGGAUCUGCGCGCCUGUGCUGCUGACGUUCGUUGGUCCCUCACGUGACCUUAGGAAUGUUAACAAUGCGGCGAGUGUCCAACUUUGUGCUGCAUUUCUGAUCCCGCUGCAGUCUGCGAUAAAAUGGAGGCUCAUUUCAUCAAAUUUAAGCGAUUUCCACCACUCCUCUGAUCUCGUCGAGUUAGCCACGGUUCAGAUACAAACUUUGAGACCAGGCAUCGGGCGGAGUUUACCCCAAUUUCUGUGUUAUUCUAGCUUCUUCUCUCACAUGGCGCAGUUUGGCAGCAUCAUGGUCUGGCUCAGCGGUGCACUUGUGACCGGCUCCAUUUCUUGGAAUAAACUGGACCCAGAGCCGUGAACGACGCACUAUGGAGAGACUGUAGUCGACCUCAGCUCCUUCAAACACAACAGAAACAAACUAAUAAGAGACUGAUCCUGUGCUCAGUGAUCUACUGUGGCAUUAUUUUUUUCACAUCUAUUGUCUUCAGGAGCAGCCUGUAGAGUGUGACUAAGUCAUUGCCUGUUUCAGCCUCUGAGGCCAUGAGGCCCAAGACUUUCCCCGCCGCCCCGUAUGUGGGCAACACUCGGCAGCGGCUGCAGGAGAUAAAGGAGGGCCUGAAGCAGCCGGCCAAACUGGUGAGCCAGGCUCUGCACGGGGGCAGCUCUCGCUCUGAAGGCAGCAGGGCCUCUGACUCUAAGGGCAAUAAAGACACAGGGAACAGGCAGCAACAGCUCCGUCCACCACAGAAGUUCAACAACUACCAGAAUGCCCUGAGGGAGAUCCGCAAGUCCCUCAUGCCCUUCGCCAACGAGUCUGGGGCCUCCUCCAGCUCAGGGCAUCCCACAGGGGCAGGGGAGGUGAAUAGGCAAAUGCUGCAGGAGCUGGUUAACGCUGGCUGUGACCAGGAGAUGGCUGUGCGAGCACUAAAGCAAACAGGAAGUCGAAAUAUUGAAGCUGCUCUGGAGUACAUCAGUAAAAUGGGUUAUCUCGACCCCCGCAAUGAACUCAUUGUCCGUGUGAUUAAACAGACUUCCCCAGGAAAAGCUGGCAUGCCAAACUCUAUGGACCACCGACCACUUGAGCCUUCAGGGGAAGCUGCCGCUAUGCCCCCUUACCAUCAGAUGGGGGUACCACUGUACGACGGUGCAGCUGCAUACGGUCCUGAAGGAGAAAUGUCCAGAGCCUACAUGGGCCCAGGCCCUGUUAUGAAUUACAUGCUGCCUCCCUCUGGGGCAGGACAGGGCUCUGCCAUGGGAAACCCAAUGGGUCGCACCCCAAACAUGGGCAAUUAUCCCCCUGUCAUGGCAGGCCAGAGUAACCCAGCCCCCAACAUGUACCCACCAGGCGCUCCACAGAAGGGCUACCCUGGUGCUAUGGAGCCCAUGAUUAGCUACAAUGUCCCUGGCCAGCCGCUGCCCCCUGGAGGCCCAGGUGCACACUUUGACUAUGGCCAUGGAAGACCACACAUGAUCGAGCCCGCCAGCUAUGGGGUCAAAAGGACCCCUUCUUUCCAAAACAAGAUGGCUUCUGCGCCCAUGGCUCCAGACCAGUACAUGCAGGGUAAAGGCGCUAUGGGGCAGAGUGUGCCAGGAGGCACUGCAGGGGGAUAUUCUGCCAACCUAUACUUGUCCCACUCUCACCCACGACAGGCUAGCCCAACCUCCCACCAAGUCCACAUGAUGUCCCGAUCCCCGGGAGGUGCCAUGGGGCCUGACUUCCCUGAAAUACCCCAAGGCCUGAUGACCCCGUCAAGAGCCAGCCUAAACUUGGACUUAUAUGAACACCACUGGGCCGGACCCCCAGGACCAGAGGGAACCCCCUCGGCACGGCAGCCUCAGCCCCAGUGCCCCCCCUUUAGGGAGGUCCGUGUCCCAAGCAGAACCAACUCCUUCAAUAAUCGCUCUGCUGGUCCUGGGAUCCGGCCCACUAUGACUGCACAGGACCCUUCCCUUGGACCACCAAACACUAUCACUGCAGUGACCUCUCCUCCCAUCCAGAAGCCGGUCAGCAGCAUCCGAGUGAUGAGGCCAGAGCCCAAGACUGCUGUGGGCCCCUGCCACCCUGGCUGGAUGACCACUCAAGGUCCUGACACCGACACACUGAGCUAUGUCCCUGAAGAGUCUUACAGCCUGGAGCCUGCACAGGAGCCCCGCUGUCCGCCCCCUCCUUACCCCAAAAAUCUGCUCAUAACUGGAGCAGCUGCAGAGGCCACAACUGUGGAUGGGGCUUUGUGUGGCCCUCAGGACCCAGGGGCCAGGAGCUCACACAGCGGCAGUGGAGGCAGCAUUAAAGAGGAGAGCCAGCAAGUGAAGGAGAAGACCAAGACGACAAAAGGAGAGAAGAGUGUGAAAGACAAGAAACAGAUCCAGACGUCCCCCGUCCCUGUCAGGAAGAACGGGCGAGAUGAGGAAAAGAGGGAGUCACGCAUCAAAUCCUACUCACCAUUUGCGUUCAAGUUUUACAUGGAGCAGCACAUUGAGAAUGUGAUGAAAACUUACCAACAAAAACUCACCAGACGACUGCAGCUAGAGCAGGAGAUGUCCAAGGCUGGCCUUUCAGAAGCAGAGCAGGAGCAGAUGAGGAAAAUGUUAAAUCAAAAAGAGUCCAACUACAACAGGCUACGACGUGCCAAAAUGGACAAAUCCAUGUUUGUCAAAAUCAAAACUCUGGGCAUUGGUGCCUUUGGUGAAGUUUGUCUGACGAGAAAAGUGGACACGGGCGCAUUGUACGCCAUGAAAACACUGCGCAAGAAAGAUGUCCUUAACCGCAACCAGGUGGCUCAUGUGAAAGCUGAGCGGGACAUCCUAGCGGAGGCAGACAAUGAGUGGGUGGUGCGCCUCUACUACUCCUUCCAGGACCGGGACAGCCUAUACUUUGUCAUGGACUACAUCCCCGGAGGUGACAUGAUGAGCCUCCUCAUCAGGAUGGGGGUGUUUCCGGAAACGCUGGCUCGGUUCUAUGUGGCUGAGCUGACACUGGCCAUCGAGAGCGUUCACAAGAUGGGCUUUAUUCACAGAGACAUUAAACCAGACAACAUCCUCAUCGACCUGGACGGACACAUCAAACUGACAGACUUCGGCCUGUGCACGGGCUUCCGCUGGACCCACAACUCCAAAUAUUACCAGAAAGGAAGCCAUGUUCGGCAGGACAGUAUGGAGCCCAGUGAUUUUUGGGAUGAUGUGUCAAACUGUCGCUGUGGUGACCGGUUGAUGACCCUGGAGCAGAGGGCAAACAGGCAGCACCAGCGCUGUCUCGCUCACUCACUGGUGGGAACGCCCAACUACAUCGCACCUGAAGUGCUGCUGCGUAAAGGGUACACCCAGCUGUGUGACUGGUGGAGCGUGGGUGUGAUCCUUUUUGAGAUGCUUGUGGGACAGCCACCUUUCCUGGCCUCUACGCCUACUGAGACACAGAUUAAGGUUAUUAACUGGGAGAGCACUCUGCAAGUGCCUGCACAGGUCAAACUCAGCCCUGAGGCUGUGGACAUCAUUGGUCGUCUCUGCUGUUCUGCCGAGGACCGUUUGGGAGCCAAUGGAGCAGGUGAAAUCAAGAGUCACCCAUUCUUCUCUCAGGUGGAUUUCUCCAGCAACCUGCGUCAGCAGCCUGCGCCUUACAGACCAAAGAUUGCCCAUCCCAUGGACACAUCCAACUUUGAUCCAGUGGAGGAGGAGGGGGGUCCCGGAGCAUGGAGCGACAGUGGAGACAGCACACGGACACUGGACCUACUCUGCUCUCCCCAGGGCAAACACCCAGAACAUGCUUUCUAUGAGUUUACCUUCCGCAGGUUCUUUGAUGACAAUGGCUGCCCAUUCCGCUACCCCAAACCUCUGGACAAUUAUGUCCUGUCUGGAGCUACCGGGACAAGCAGCCCGGAGCAGGUGGAAGAACAGGAGGAAGAGGAGGAUGAGGAGGAGGAGGGAGAGCAAGGGGAAGGCUGUGAGCCGGUCUAUGUUUAAAGAUAAACUGACCAGUGGUGUGUGAAUCCCCUUCGGCAUCUGCACUGCCCGUGCCUGGCUGUUCAGUAAUGGCACACUGGUUUAGAACAAUAUUCAACAUAAAUAUGAGGUUUAUCAGAAUUACUAUAUGCUUUCAAACUUGGUCUAUAUCAGUAUGCCAUUCUGAACACAGUUGGAUGUCCAGUUGCAGUAGUGACAACAUGUUCUCUUGCAGAAUCUAUAUCCAACCUCCUAUCAUCCAGGACCAAGAAAAACUUUACCUUUUGUGCCAAAGCAGCCAGCUCAUAGGGUGACAGUGUCAAAGAAUGUAAUGUCUAGAUUUUCUGAGUGAAGUCAAGUCUAAAGGAGUCCCAUUCCUUCCACCUUUAGUCUAGCAGAAAACUGCCCAGAGGGGACUGUUUGACACAUGAGCUGUUCCUGCUCAGGCUGUUUUACACUCAAAUGUUGGACAUCUCAAUGUGAAGAGUGGAGUCAGUUUACCUUCGUUCACCACAGGAGGGAGUGAGUGUGCGGGCUGAAUAGGUAACAUGCCAUUUUAAACAGCAGCUGCAAAAUAAGCUACAAUACACAUGCACACUAGAAUUGCUUGUUCUCAGUUCAAAAUGAUGAAAAAUAUUUUGUGAGAGAGCGUCUUUGAAUGACUCAGAGAUCACACAUAUUUUAUGAAUAGUAGUUUGAGUAAGACAAUGAUGGCCCUCAACAAGACAGAGCAUUUAUGUAGACAUUUGUAUACUAUCACAUUCACAGUCUGUUUAGCUGCCUGAUGGCUUCAAUCCUCCAAAAUAGGGAUUUCAGACUGUGCCAACUUCAGUGUUAAGUGCCUUUCCCAUUGUCUCCCCUAGAGGGUAUUGUUACACAGUCAAAGCUGACUACAAAACUUAGAUUAGAAAGUAGAAAGUACUGACAGAUUUGAAGCACAAUUUGAUGAUGUUCAAACAUGCAUCUAUUAAAAUAACGUGUUCAAUUUAUCCAUAUGCUGAUGUGGAUAGAAAAUGUAGCAAUAUGCAUGCGUUACAUAAAGUGCAUAGAGUUUACAUUUUUGCUGAAAUAAAAUAAAAAUACAAUUGCACAGUAUAUCAGAUACUGUAGUUCCUAUGUAGUAACAAGUGGUCAACAAGAUGUAAUUUUGUGGCCUUUGACUGAUUACAGUGUGCGACUGAAUUAAAAAGUAUUUUAGAAAAGUAAUUUAAAUAUUGAAAGAUAUCAGUACUUCUCAUAAAAGUGAGUAAAAUAUUAACUGUUUUGUUGAAAAGAUCUUUAUGUAUGUUUGGGAUAUUUCAACUGAGAAUAAAAUGGCACUCACAGUUAUAUGCAGUUACAAUCCAACAGUGACCUUAUUUUAUCUCAUAGAAUAAGUUACCAACAUGUGAUGAUAGUCUGACUAUGUGCAAUACAGAAACAUUAUACUAAACACUUAGUACUGAGACUUGCUCUGUACAGAAACAGUAUAUUGAUAUAUGUUUAUUUCCUGUCAGUUACACCAUGCUGCUUAAUAUUGUGUCAAAUUGUUUUUUGUUGAUAUUAUUAUUGCUACUACAUGUUUGUGCUUUUAUUUUGAAAGUGGUCUUGUGUGUUUGGCUUUUUGAAAGUAGCGAACCGUGUGCAUUUUGGAGUGGAGUGUGUUGUGGUUUUAGGAUGAUGGCAAUGGUGGACUCACAUGUGCACUCUGGCUGGUCCUGAGUGCACAAAAUGAGCCUUAGAAAGAGACCAGUGUUGAGUGAGUGGAGCCAGCAGACUUUACAGAAACGCUUUCUUGUGUUACAAAACAACCACAUUUACAAAGACACUAUUAGUAUCCAAAACAUAUGUAUAUCUACAAAUCGGUGCCAUGGUGAAAUAUUGCUCAUUGACAAUCAGUAGUUUUGAGUUUGUUUAGUUUGGUCAGUUCACACCAAACCUUUUUACAGUAUUCUGAGGAGUUUUUGCUGCAUUUGAUUUUGCCUGGUGAUGAAACGUAAUGCCUUUGCAAAAGUGGCAGUAUUUUACAUAUCUCUUCUAUCUUAUACUACAACUGAACAGUUAUUUGAGUAAGAGCCUCAAACAAUAUGGCUAUUUUGUAGUUUAUGUGGGUAAACAUACAGUACACCUUUAAUGGGAAUGGGUUACAAUAAAAAAAGUUUUUUUUCAUUUGGCAGUGAAAAAAGUCAGUGUUCAGGUCUUAGAUCACUACAGUGAUCCUCAUUCUAUCUUUGAGUAAAACAUCUAGAAAUUAAACAUUUUUCUAGUGACUUGAAUGAGUUAUAAAUAUUUAUAUUUCAGAUAUUUUCCAGAUCCAAAGAGGACACAGCACCUUUACAGUUUAUCUUCUGCUUGUUUGUUUACUUUGUCUUCUCUCAUGUUGUUGUUAGACAUCUGUAUGCCUCAGAUUUGUCAAGAUGGACUCUGUGAAAUAGCUUUAAAAGCAGAGCUCUCUGCGUCAAGUGCCACAAAGUGUUCAAGGUUCAAGAGCAUUGACUGACAAUCGGUUUAGUUAAUUUUGAUUUCCAAUUUUCUUGAUUUCAUUUUGUAUUUUUACUGCAAAGCUUCUGGUUUUCUUUGAUGCUCCUUAAUGUAACAUACAAUCCUGUUACUUUUGAAUUUAUAUUUAUACAUAUUUUUGUAUAUCUUUUUUUUUUUCAUUUCUUCUAGUGCAAAUACUUUUGUCUGUGCAGUAUUAUAGACAAUGUGAUGUGGACAGCUCUCUUACAGCUCUCUUUUUUACUUUCUGAAAACAGAAUUUGUAAAGAUGCUUUCACAGUCCUUGUGUAUAAAAUGUAUGUAUAAAUUAAAUUAAUCAGCCACAA